CCAGUAUCGAGCGCAGCGCACGCAACCCACCUCUCUCGUUGUCCCCGCACACGCAACCUCUCGCACCGCACGCCAACGCAGCCGCCGCCUCUUCUCUUCCAUCGUCGUCGUCGCCUCGUCGGAUCUGGGGAGAAAGAGAGUGCGAGUCUCCUACCUCCGCCGCGUCCGCGUCCGCGUCCGCAUCACUCUUCCGCGCCCCGGCGCCGCCGCGUCCGCCACUUCUCCUCGCCUUGUCGUCCCCGUUCCUCUCUCAUAGCCGAGCUCCAGCCCUCCACCAUCCCCUCCUCCUUGACCGCCUCUCCCCUCGUCUGAAGGAGCACGGGGCUGGCAGCUGCGCCUGAGCCGCCACAAGGCCGUCAGGUAGAGAAGAUCCCGUGCCCACGGGCCGUUCCCGCCGCUGUCCGACGUCUCGGAGUUGCCAGAGUCGCCGUCGCCAUAUGAAGACGAGUCGGCGGGGAGAUGCUGGUGUUGGGAUUCGGGAGGGUCCAAUCUGCAGCAAAUCCUUGGGAGAUAUGACGGUGUAUUUUGGAAUGCUCGACGGCUUGCUGGCUGCAGAAGAGCUUCCUGAGGUGUAUUUUGGAAUAUACCGGAACCGAUGCCAGGAUAUACUCUGUAACGACUGCGGAAAAAAGGGCUUUCUUGGUUCCACUGGCUGUAUCACAAAUGCGCCGCCUGUGGCUCGUACUACACCAGAGUUAUCAAGACCGAGGCACCAGAUUGUUCCAUGUCGAAUUAACAGGUCCGCCGACGAGGAUGUGGAUGAGGACGAGGUCGAGCCCCUUCCCGGCGCGAUCUCCUUUUGGAGGCUAUUCAACUUCGCCGACGGCCUCGACUAGGCACUCAUGGCCGCUGGCACAGUUGCCGCCGCCGCCCACGAUGCAGCAUUCGUAGUCUACAUGCACUAAUGGUCCUUGAAUUUUCUCGACUGUGAGCGGAUUUAGUCUGCUCUCCACGGUCGUAGCGACGAGCCCCUCAACCAAUUUAAGCAGGUAAACCGUUGCUUCACAUGCUCGUCUCUUAAUUGCACGCUUGACAGGGCCUGCAACGUGAUAUUUAUUGCCUGACCCCCGAAGGUAAAUUCAACAACAAAUGUGUUUAGGAUCCACUUUAUUUCUGCAAGUUGAAGAAGUAAAGAUAUGCAUGCUGUGUUCUACUCUAUGGCCCACCAGGAACCGGGAAGACAGUAUUAGCAAGGGCUCUCGCCAGUAACAUCGAUGCUAACUUUUGGAGGUGUUGUUUUUACUUGAUUGAUGGUACUUGGUAUUUUCAUUAUGCGAGUAUUACAUUACACUGACGUAUUGUCUAAAACCAGAUUCUGUCAAGUGCUAUAAUUGACAAAUAUAUUGGAGAAAGUGCUCGUUUAAUCAGAUAAAUGUUCAGCUAUGCACGCGAUCACCGCAUAAGUUUUGCUCCGGCUUUCUUUUUGCAAAGUUAAUUGGUCUUAAGCUUAAUUCCCUUAUUAUCUGUAAGACACACAUGGUGGCAGAUGGUUAUGCAUCUACUGUUGCUGAGAUGCAAGCUAUGACUUGAUAGUUCCCUUGACUGAGAUGUUGUGCCAUCUAAAUAUAUUCCGGUCCAACACUAUAAAAUUUUAAACUUCAGAUCUCAGUAUCAGUUUUGCCCAACAAGAAGAAAUCAAACUGAUCUGAAUAUAAGUACAAGUGCAUUUCUUAGAUCUUUAAACUUAUAUCACCAUUUAGUUUAUUUAUGCUGCCCACAAAUUUUGUUUCAUCUUCUUCAAAUUAUUAUUUCUAGCCAUGCAUUAUCUUCAUGGAUUAAAUCGAUGCAAUUGGUAGGACAUGAUUUAGUGAGGAACCAGUAACGACCGUGAGAUCCAGCGCACGGUGAUGGAGCUUCUUAAUCAGUUAGAUGGAUUUCAUGAGCUUGGCAAGGUAAACUAACAUCAUCAGGGUUUUUUUUUCUCUAGAUGCCUUUAUGCCAUAUAUGCAAAGAAAUUGAUUCAGUCGAAGUAAUUUGCUUGCCUAAAUGUGUGUGUGAUAUGACUAGCUUUUCUGGCUCCUGGGGAAAGUAUAGCGGUCUCAAGAUGAAUUUUACACAUUAAGUUUAUUGUUCCUCUUUGCUGCAUUGCAUUGCUUCUAUGAAUUUUCUGGAUGCUGAUUUGCACAACAUUUUAUUUUACUCCCUUUCCUAACAUUACACAUUUUUUAGAGGGAAAAUUGGGGACUGUAGGUUUGUUCAGUCUGAUUGUUGACAUGCCAACGGAAGUGCCUGAUUGUCUGAUAAGCUUGAAUUCUAAUGAUUUCUUUCUUGCUGGGCUUGUUAAUUUUAUUUUGGGAAAACCCAUGAUUUUAUCCUAACCCAAAAUUUGCUAAUGUAGGAUAAGAGAAAUGGGAAUCGAAGCCUAAUUCUUUUAUAUUAGUAGUAAUGCACCGUGCAUACAUCUAAGUAUUAUUUAUGUUCUUUCCGAUGAACCCAUGAAUUGUCACAUUCUCAAAACCGUAAAAAUUUGAUGCAACAAAUAUUUAAUUUCUCCAGAUGUUCUGAGAUCUGGAUGAGAUUCAUAUUGUCUGACAUAGCUCAGUUUGUGAUGAAGCCAAUGAACAUAUUAGGAAAUAUUUUUCAACGAUGAAACCAGUUGGUGCUCUCUCUCUCUCUCUUUCUCCCCCCUAGAAAUGACCUACUUCUCUUCUUUAAUCAGUCUAAUAACUGUUUUCCCAUGGCUGUUGAACAGAUGUCAAGGUUUAUUUUUUUGCUGAUAUGUGCAAUCUUAUGGAUAUGUUUAUUUGGCAUAAUCUUCUAUCCUCAUUUGAAGCACCUUGGAGUUAUUUGGUGAUUGUGCUGCUAUGUUGGAUGAUCACACGCUGGUAUUAUUUUCUACUAGGUCUAUGAGUGGAAAGCAGUUGAUCUCGAACUGUUUGGUCCCUUGUUCAUUUUACUUACUUGCCUUUCCUGCCUUUUUGGCCAACUUAGGUGUUUGAAGCCCCUUUUGCGUAUGAAUCUUGCCUGGUGCGACUAGAAACUGCAUUCUCAAAUAUUCAACAAACUGUUGAAGUUAUCUGUUACAAGAUUCACCCAUUUUGUAGUAUUCAUGCCCUUAAGAUCUAAAAUAGCUCGAUCAUCUCCUUGUGAUGUCUUCUAUGUUGUUUGUUAUUACUUGUUAUUGUAUUAAAGCAAAUUUGUCAUUCUCAGCCAAGAUUGUCAACAAGUGUGCAUUAGCAAGCUGAGAUUUCAGUUUCACUUCCUCUUAGAAACUGUGAUAUCUUUCUGUUAUUUUCAGAUCUGCUUGCUCUGCAUGGAGCGAGAGCAUAGUCUGAAGAACUUCUCUGAUGAAGGUGAUGGGCUUCAAAAAAUUCUGCUAUAACUGUGGUGAAUCUGCCGUUUGAAAUUACAGGGCCAUGGACUCCAAUUUGCAGUGACGAAGUUUAUAUCAUGUUUGUGCUCAGUCUGUUAUUUCCCUUUAUCAAACACAUGGAUCUACAGCACACUAAUGGCAAGUUUGGAUUCACGGCGUUUGCGGCAUCCGCACUUUAACUUCUUGCUGGAUUUGGUGGGCAACGAUGUCAUUUGAUGUAGAACUGAGCUUGAACGCCGAUGCUGCCUCUGCCUGCUCAAGACACUGGCAAAGUCGCGUGGCCGAAGGCAGUCCCAACAGGUGGCUGCACUACGACAAGCGGGAAUGGCGAUGACCGCUACAUCUUCCGCGGCUACCGUGAGAGGUUGUGGGCUGCGUCGAGGGCUCUACUGCGAUGGCGAUCUGAUGAUGAAGCAGAUGAGGAGCUGCUCGAGCAGGCGAUGAUGAAGGCGAGCAUCGGCACGAUGGGGUUGGCGGAGCGUGCAGAUGAAGCUGCAGCGGCAAGUCUCGUGGCUGAAAUACAACGACAUAGAGUGGAGCAUCUGGUAGAUACAUCGUCUUUAGAUUGCUUGUUUAUUUGCUGAGUUUGAUUCACUUUUGGACAACCAUCGCAUGUAAUGCAUCUUCUAACCAGGUAUAUAACCUGCUGCCACCCCCUAAGAUUAAUAUACUUCCACCUCUAAUG